CUUUUGACAGUUUUGGCUUGAUCAUUUUGAUUUUAAUUUUGAUGGUGUGUGGCAAAGAGGUUAUUGAUUCCAAAAACUUGAAAAGUAUCAAUUAAUAAAAAUAAGGUAGAUUAUUAAUAAUUAGCACACCAUACUUAAAUGGCUGAUGACGUUGAAAAUGAUGACCAGUGGUUGUAUGGAGAUAAUCCAGACGGAAACCCCCCCGAAGAAGAAAAGCAAACUACUCCUGAAGAGGCUGUCUCUAACGAUGCUGUUCCUCCGAUUGAGCCAUCUCCAAUAAAUUAUCCUCAGGAACAAAGUAAUGAUGAUAGACCUCCCGGUGUAGAAGAUGAAAAUGAAGAGAAAGAAAAUGGAGAAAUAGAUAAUGAACGAGAGGAUGGGGAGCUUAGACAAAACGGAGAUGAUGAUGAGGAUUUAGACGAUGAGAGUGAUGAUGACGUGAAUGUUGUAAUAGGAGAUAUAAAAACUACUACUUCUUAUCCGCAACAAGUGAAUAUUAAAAGGGGUGUUUUGGCAACUGCCAUUGUUGAUAAGAGUAAAAGUGUCCAGCAAACAGGCAAGUUUCAAGUGGAAGAGUUUGAACAAAUUGGAACAAUUAAUGGAGUUCCAGCGUCCGAUUAUAAUUUAGAUUCUUUGGAGGACAAGCCCUGGAGAAAACCCGGUGCUGAUAUAACAGAUUACUUCAAUUAUGGCUUUAACGAAGAUACAUGGAAGGCAUAUUGUGAAAGACAAAAAAGAAUUCGCAUAAAUGAAUCGGGUGUUGGAAUUGUGCCAUUAAAUGCUAUUGGAUUACCGAGAGGUUCUGUUUCUGGUAAUGAUAAUAAUAAGUAUCCAAAUCAGGGCUUUAUGCAAGGAUCUAAUAUUAGACCCAUCCAGACAACUACUAAAGCUAAUGAACCACCAAAAAUGAAUACUAUUCAGGUAAUGACAGCUGACAGACGAGAAUAUAGUAGGAAGCCAGGUUUUCCAGAUAUGUCAGUACCACCACCAAAUAGUUUCUCUGACCCUUUUCCUCCACCCGAAUAUGGCUUUAAUCCUGAACCAGAACCGUUCUAUGGUGGUUAUGAACCAACACAAGAUUCUCAGUGGAUGGACGGGCCGGUAAAUUCCAGUUGGCAGCCAUCGGAAAUCAAGACGCUGACAGGCGGCAGUCCACCUAGACCGGGUGGACACGGUAUGGGUCCCCCACCUAGAGGGGGUCGUUCGCCGAGCCGGAGGAGUUCUUCGCGAGACCGAGAACGCGACAGGGAAAGAGAGGAGAGCCGAAGUCGUUCUGUCAAACCUAGGGACUACGAAAGAGAAAAAUCUCGUCGAAGAGAACGAUCCAGAAGUAGGUCCAGAAGACAUCGGUCAAGAUCUAGAAGUCCUGGGCAUCGUUCUCACAAGAAAAAGAAGUCCAGGAGACACGAAGAUAGCGAUUAGAUGUCUACAUAAUAUCAUUUUAUUUAUGUAAUACUUAACAAUCAAUAUAAAAUAUACUUAAGUCGCCAAUCAAACCUAAUAUUUUCAUUUCAACUUUUGAAUAUCAUUAUUUUAUCUCACUUACCAAUAUGUGUCCAGGGCUUGUCCAAUAUUUCAGAUGUUUUUUGUUAUAAUUUAAAAAGAUAUAAAAAAUUUGAAAUAUAUGCUAUCUAAUUUGAAACGUUGAAGGUGUUUUAGAGUGAACUUAAUUAUAUUUUGUAUGAUCAUUUGGUAUUUUAAUCUUUAACAAAUGUUUCAUUUCUGUAAUUCCGAAUUUUGCAUUAGAAAAUAUUGUGUUAACUACGAUGGGUUUGUAAAUUAAGUCACAAUGAAAUACAUUUUAAGAAUUU